AUGUCAAAGUUGUUGACAGAAUAUUCUGCUAUAGUAGUAAUGAUAACAUCGAUGAUGGGCGCAAGCAUAUACUUCACGCCCGUUGCAUUCAGAUUUGUUGGAUAUGUUUACGGAUGGGGCGUCAUCUUUCUCAUCUCCUCACUCACGUCGUUCUCUCUGUACUGUAUCUCCUACUCUGCAAUGAAGAUGCCCGUGGGCCAAACAUAUUCAUCACUUGGUGUCUGCAUAUCUCCCAGGUUCAAGCAUGUCCUCGAUGCAUUUGUUAUUGUAAAUAGUCUUACUGCAAAUGUCUGUCUUUACAGAUAUCUUUCUGAUUUGAUUGUGGUUGCAUUUCCGAUGUUACUACCUAUUUGGCCUGACCCUGAGACUGUCAGAAAGGGAAUCGUGGUCAUUCUCCUAAUCCCGUUCUUUAUUCUUUCUUCUCACAAAAACCUUUCUAGCCUGAAAUACGUGUCACUUGCCAUGAUCAUUUCGAUUGUAUACUUCAUCUUCCUCCUUGUGUUCUAUAACCUCCUUUUCUAUCCUGGACGCUCUUCCUACGAAGCAACUUCUCUCGCCAAUGGCUUUUCCUUUUCGAUUCCGAUCUUUAUAACUGCAAUGGCAUGCCAGUCCAACAUGGUAAAGGUUCUGAACGAAAUGUCAAGCAAUUCAAUAGGAAAGAUCAGGUUUGUAUCGAUAUGCUGUGGGAUUGGAGGGGGAUUGAUCUAUGGGUCGAUAGGGCACCUCGGAUACUCGCUCUUUGGAAACAGGCUUAAUGGAGAUCUACUGAAAGUACUUGCAGAUAGAGACUCUCUAAUCAACAUCCAGCUAUCUCACACCAUUGACAGAUACCUCCUAUCCUCGAGAGCCGCAGUGUACGGGUGCAUUCUGAUCUUUGUUGGAAGUUUCCCAAUGCAGCUGAACCCGUUGGUAACCACCAUACUCAGUGUCCUUCCGCCGGGGCGAAGAACGGAUGGCACUCGUAUUUUUCUGAUGACCGCUCUGAUUCUGCUUUGCUUCUUAUUGGCCCUGGUUAAAGACCUGUCUGCAGAUCUUGUAAUAAGCAUAGCAGGUGCAACCGUAACAAAUUUCAUAUCGUUUUUCUUUCCGUUUGCUUUCUUCAUAUCGGUAAGAAAAGAAUAUGCAGUGAGCACAGUCUUGGGCGCGCUAUGCAUGAUAGCCUGUCUUUUUAGUUCUGUAUAUAUGCUAGUCAACAUAGCAAUGGGAAAAAAUGGUGUAUAG